UCCCAUGGAAACGGGCUAAUUUCUGGGGUAACAGCCCGGUAAGCGGGUCGCGCGGCUGGCUCGCGCCGCCGGUUUGAACCGGCUUCGCCUCUCCCAUGCGGGGUUCGCGUGGCGGUAGCGCCUAGCGACCUAGACACUGACCAAUGGCGCGGCAGUUCCUGUGCGGUCCCGCCAAUGAAUGCGCCGUGGGCGGGCCGUUCCGGGGCUCCCGGGGCUGAUCUUGUGGUUGUAAGAACGAGCUCUAGGGAAGGGUCUCGAGUGCGGGAGGGAGGGAGCCUGUCAGGGUCCCUGGGAGUGGCAGCUCUCAGGUGUGCCUCUGCUCAGGUGCCCUCACCGCCAACUGCCUCCCUUUUCGGCCCCCAGAGUAGCUACUCAGUCCUGUUUGGGGUCAGGACCAGCUCCACGUCCUUGAGCAUACAUUAGUCCUUUUCCAGCUGCCAUGCCUCAGUUUACCUCCGAGUGAUCUAAGGGAGAAGCCUCUCCACUUGGCCAGCAGGGCUCUACUGUGACCGAAGGUGUCCUGCAGAGCCGGAGCUCGGCCGCCGCUGCUGCCGCACCGCACCAUGGCGCCCACCCUGGCCACUGCCCAUCGGCGCCGCUGGUGGAUGGCCUGCACGGCCGUGGUGGAAAACCUCCUCUUCUCGGCAGUGCUCCUGGGCUGGGGCUCGCUCCUCAUCAUGCUCAAGUCGGAGGGCUUUUACUCCUACCUGUGUACGAAGCCAGAGAAUGUCAGCAAUGGCACAGUUGGGAGCACCGCGGAGCCAGAGCAGGAGGAGGUGAUCCUGGUGAACGGCUGGCUCAGCUGCAAGGCCCAGGAUGAGAUUCUAAAUCUGGCGUUCACCGUGGGCUCCUUCCUGCUCAGUGCCAUCACCCUGCCCCUGGGCAUCAUCAUGGACAAGUAUGGUCCAAGGAAGCUCAGGCUGCUGGGCAGUGCCUGCUUCGCCGUCUCCUGCUUGCUGAUUGCAUAUGGAGCGAGCAGCCCAGACUCGCUCUCUGUGCUCAUCUUCAUCGCCUUGGCUCUGAAUGGCUUUGGGGGGAUGUGCAUGACGUUCACUUCGUUAACACUGCCCAAUAUGUUCGGUGACCUUCGGUCUACGUUUAUUGCCUUGAUGAUUGGGUCCUACGCUUCCUCAGCAGUUACCUUCCCGGGAAUCAAGCUCAUCUAUGAUGCUGGUGCCUCCUUCAUUGUCAUCCUGGUGGUCUGGGCUGGCUGCUCUGGCCUGGUUUUCCUCAACUGUUUCUUCAACUGGCCACUCGAGCCCUUCCCAGGACCGGAGGACAUGGACUACUCGGUGAAGAUCAAGUUCAGCUGGCUGGGCUUCGACCACAAGAUCACAGGGAAACAGUUCUACAAGCAGGUGACCACCGUGGGGCGCCGCCUGAGCGUAGGCAGCUCCAUGAGGAACGCCAAGGAGCAAGCCGCGCUGCAGGAGGGCCACAAGCUGUGCCUGUCCACUGUUGACCUAGAGGUGAAGUGCCAGCCGGAUGCUGCAGCAGCCCCCUCGUUCAUGCACAGUGUGUUCAGCCCCAUCCUGCUGCUCAGCCUGGUCACCAUGUGUGUCACACAGCUGCGGCUCAUCUUCUACAUGGGGGCCAUGAACAGCAUCCUUGAAUUCCUGGUCAGCGGUGACCAGAAGACAGUUGCCCUCUAUACCUCCAUCUUCGGCGCACUCCAGCUGCUCUGCCUGCUGACAGCUCCUGUCAUCGGUUACAUCAUGGACUGGAGGCUCAAAGAGUGCGAAGAUACUUCCGAGGAACCUGAAGAGAAAGACGCCCCUCAAGGUGAAAAGAAGCCGAAAAGAGACAGGCAGAUUCAGAAAGUCACCAACGCCAUGCGGGCCUUCGCCUUUACAAAUGUGCUGCUCGUGGGCUUUGGGGUGACCUGUCUCAUUCCUAACCUGCCUCUACAGAUCUUCUCCUUCGUCCUGCACACAAUUGUGCGAGGAUUCAUCCACUCUGCCGUAGGGGGCCUAUAUGCUGCCGUGUACCCCUCCACACAGUUUGGUAGCCUCACAGGACUGCAGUCCCUGGUCAGCGCGCUCUUUGCUCUCCUGCAGCAGCCGCUGUUUCUGGCCAUGAUGGGUCCUCUUGGAGGGGACCCUCUGUGGGUGAACGUGGGGCUGCUCAUCGUGAGCAUGCUAGGCUUCUGCCUGCCGCUCUACCUGAUCUGCUACCGCCGCCAGCUGGAGAGGCAGCUUCAACAGAAGAGGGAAGACAGCAAGCUGUUUCUUAAGAUCAAUGGCUCGUCCAACCAGGAGGCUUUCGUGUAGCGCCCACCACCUCAGAGCUGUGGCCUCCUGCCUGUGCUUCAGUGACUGACCGCUGUCAUCUCCCCCAACCCCAGAGGAUCCCGUGCACUCUCUGGGUCUUGCCCUUCGCCACACUGGAGCCCCGUACGUCCUCACAGAGCCCUGGCCCUGCCAUGGAGUGCUGGUGUGGAGGGACAGGAGAGGGCCCAGGACAAAUGAACCUCCCACUGCCAGAAGCCGGCCUGCCCUGGCCUAGCUGUCACCCCAGGGGCCCUGGGAUCUUGGAUCCCCAUGCGGCUUAUACCUGGAGCCAAGGGGACACCCCCCAGCCCCCCAUUAAGCAGGCUCACUCUCUCACUGAUCUUGAUUCUGCCUCUUGCCAAAGCAGAGGGGCCUGCAAGCCUCUACCCACACUACCUGCCCCUGAGCUGCAUGUCCACCAACCACGCCUACCUGAGAACAAAGGCUUGCACUGUCUGCAACCCCUCGCUUUGGCCCCUUACCUCCCCUGGCCAGUCUGGCUGCCUGAGGAAGGAAGGACCCACUUCCUGUUGUUGGUGCUAACCCCUUUGUAAUCCAGAGCCCCCACCCCCCACC